CUUAUAAAAUACAAAAUAAUAAUUGGGAUAAUACUAUUGAAAUAUCAUUUCUUCCUAAUAUGCUAUUAAAAAUUGUAAAUUUAUAUGAAGAUAAAGAUGAGUUAUCUCAAAAAUUCGAAAAUAUUACAAGAGAUAAUCCAAAAAUUAACAAAAAUAAGAAAAAGGCAAUUCAAAAAUUAGAUAAUGAAUAA